AUGUGGUCUCGUGUUUUGUUCGUCUUCCUCUCGGUUGUUGCAGCUCUGACAGAGGCUGGUGCUACAUGUGAUUUGACUGUUCAACCAGCAACAUGGGCAAGAGUUAUGGCAAGAAAUGUAUUCUUCAAUGCGUGGGAACCUGAUAGCUACUUCAAUUUGCCUGGAUUCUGUGUUAAUAAUGACAUGAUGUCUCAUUCCCUCAACUAUUCAUCUCAUGUCAAUCUUGCUGAUCCAUCUGUUCAAGUCAAGCAAGAUGUCGCCACCAACACUAACUUCACCGAUUCUCUGAUUAAUUGCGGACAAAACAACUCUCGUGUCCAAUGGUGUCAAUCCCAUUGCUCUAAUAAGCAGCUUGAAAAUCUUAUUGUCUCAACUGCAGUUAUCAACGGAAGUCUUCCGUUGGCUACUGCUAAACAGGUCUACUCGACAUUGGGAUCCCCAAAUGACACUACAAUUGCUUCAAUUCAAGUUGAUUUGUAUGCACAGAACCUCCGAAUUGACUAUGACUAUUAUGAUGACAUCAAUUUCUGUUCAGUCUACGUGAAAGUCAAGAAUCCAACCAUGUUCCCUUAUGCUCUCUUUGUAACUGUUCAGAAGGUUCUUGGUCUGUAA